AUGGCGACGCAGCAGGGCACUUCUGCCACGAUAUUUCCCACAUACAAUGAAGUGAUGCGUCGCUGCUUUAUCAGACGUUCCGCAGCACUCUUCAGUGCGUACUGGCUACUGAAGAAGACGUGCGGAGGACGUGGUGGCCCUGCAUGCCUUUUCAACCCCAAGACGCACUUUAAACUGUCGACACAGCACCCACUUACACCACCACUUCUCCUGGGACGUACUCCCGCUGUCUGGUGGCUGCAGUGGAUCCACCGAACAUUUUGUGGAAAUCAAAUGCCUGGCGACGUUGCGGACCCCGUAGCAGCGCUUAGCGCUACUGAACAUCAGGUGCACUUCCAGCAGUCUGUUCAGACGUGCGCCAGACGCCAUCACCAUUCCACCGUGUAUGGCGCAUAA